AUGCAUCAAAACGCUAGGCAAAACGAAUAUCGCCAACGACGUAGUCUUGAAAUUACAAAUUGGCAAUUAGCGGAUAUAUUAUAUAAACAUCUUUCUCAGGAUGAUACUCAUCGAAGUGAAAUAGGCAAUAGAGUUAAACGUUCAGAGGUGCCACUAGAGUUAAGACCUGUCGGAGGACCCAUUAGCAUCGAACAAGUGCCAGCGAUGAUAGCAGCAAGAUAUGUUAAACGUUAUCCGUAUUCACCAAAGGAGGAUCCUGAUAUAAUUGGUUGA